ACAGUACUUGUGUCAAACUCAAAACCAUUAUCUUGUCAUUGUAAGUUAGGUUAUCAAGAAUAAAUUUGAACUUAUUAUAAGAUUUUUUUAUACAAAAUGGGUGAAUUAACAGCCACGAACUUAUUCGAAUCACAAACGAUAUUCGCUGAUCACAAGGAUUUGAUUCACGAUGUUGCGUACGACUUCUACGGCGAAAGAAUGGCCACUUGUUCCAGUGACCAGUACGUAAAGGUAUGGGAUUCGGAUGGUAAUGGUGGCUGGCGUCUUACAGCGAGUUGGAAGGCACACCAUGGAUCAGUAUGGAAGGUCACAUGGGCACACCCUGAGUUUGGUCAGGUCAUUGCCACAUGCUCUUUUGACAGAACAGCUGCAAUUUGGGAGGAAGUUGGUGACACAGCAUCAUCGGGUUCAGAGAAAGGUCUGAGAACCUGGCUGAAGAGAUCAAACCUUGUGGACUCAAGAACUUCAGUGACUGAUGUGAAGUUUGGUCCCAAACACUUGGGACUCCUACUAGUCACAUGUUCUGCUGAUGGUAUCAUAAGGAUAUAUGAAGCACCAGAUGUAAUGAACCUUGCUCAGUGGACCCUGCAGCAUGAGAUCCCUACAAAAGUUUCCAUCAGCUGUCUAUCAUGGAACCCAUCAUUAUCCAGAGUAACGCACCCGCCGAUGCUUGCUGUGGGCAGUGAUGAACCAAACACGACAAAUGCGGCAGCUACUGUACAGUCAGACAAGACAACAGCAUGUAAUGGAAAGGUGUUUAUAUAUGAGUACAGUGAGACAUCUCGGCGCUGGACGCGAACAGACUGCUUGGCGUCGGUACAGGAGCCUGUCAACGACAUCGCGUUCGCUCCAAACCUCGGCAGGUCAUUCCACUUACUGGCCGUGGCCACUAAGGACGUGCGCAUCAUCAAGCUAGAGCCUAUUGCGGAGUCGUCGGGCGCGAACAACGGCGCGAUGGUGCGCUUCAAGGUGGAGGUGGUGGCGGCCUUCGAGGAGCACUACUCGUGUGUGUGGCGCGUCGGCUGGAACGUUACAGGCACGCUGCUCGCCUCCUCCGGGGACGACUGCUGCGUCAGGCUGUGGAAGAUGCAAUACUUGAACCAGUGGAAGUGUGUGGCGGUGUUCAAGAACGAGCCGGCGACGGGCGACUCCCCGCCGCUGUGUCGGCCCAGCACUACCUACACGCGGCUGGCCGCCAUGGCCAACCCUGCGCAUAUGCCCUUCCACUGAGGACAGACGACUUGGGGUACUAUAUAGGUAAGUGAAGAGUGUUGCCAGAAACGAAAUCAAAGUUUUUGUGGACAAUUAUUUGAUAAUGAAGUGUUUUCAAUGUGAAACGUUCGAUAAUGUCGUGUACCAAAAGAUACCUUAUUCCAUUAACGUUACGUACCAAUUUUCAACAAUUAAAUUCAUAUUUUAACCGAACUAUUUUCUACUAUUUUGAGUCGUAACACGGCAUUGAUUGACCGUCUCCAGUUAAUCGGGAUCACAGAUACCGAUGUCAUAAAAUAAGCAUUGUUUGUUUUGUACGUUAAAUUGUAAGUAAAAUAUUUUUCAGUAAAAUUA